UUGUCAGCUUGUCAUAUUAGGCUAAAGUAAAAACUUCGGUGAAUUUUCAAAAUGGCAGAACCACAAGGACAAUUUGAUAUGGAAGUAGUAAAUGUGCCUGUAAUCCCCUUGAAAGUGACACCUCGUUCGUCCUUCGGCUCCAAACCAAGUAGUCACGUAGAAAACUCUGAAAGUUUCACUUCGUACAGCAGCAAAGCCCCUACAAAUUCACCAUCUGAAGACAGCCUCCACUUAACUGUACCCCCAGUAACUCCUAGUGACGCUUUUGCCUUCAACAAUGAGCUGUCCCAGAUCAAUCGCCCAUUUCCCAAGCUCGCCGACUUCAAACUGCCGUACAUCCGCGAAGUCGGUGUCAAAGCUUCCAUCGAUAUCCUCAGCAAACACUUCUCCUGCUUGGAUUACAAAUACAACGCUGUCCAGUUCUGGUUCCUGGACGUCAUCACCGACUGUUUGUGGAAGGUACAAGAUGAAUUUCAAUUUCCAGAGCGCUACCAAAAGAUUAUCGUCGAGUGGAUUCUGCACGUAUUCGAUUUGAUUAGAGAUCCGCAAAGGAAUCUUUCGAGGAAGGAGUUUUUUCAGAUUUUCAACGAAGCGCUGAUAAUAGCUGACGAAAAGGUGCAAGCUGGGUGUGAAAUGUUGCCGACACCGGACGAUUUAUUCACAAUGGUGCAAGAUGGGAGUGUGGAGGAGGAGGAGAAAAUCAGUUUUGGUUCGACAAGCGGACAAUGUUCGAGCGUUUCAUUAACGGAAGGUGGGGAGAGUUAUGUGGCCCUUGGAAUCGAUGAGAGCGUGGAGGUUUUCAAGAUGCCAAAGGUCCCGAAAAAGUGCUACAAAUUUGACGUUUCCACAAAUACAACUACUUCAGAAGAUCUGUCGACAGAAAGCUUGUGCGGGUGUGAAGAGUUGGUAGAAUUCUACCAACCUGAUCGAAAUGUUCCCGAAAGAUUUCAAUCACUUUUAUCUUUUUCUUCAUCAACAACUUCAGACGAAGGCGAUGAAUUAUCCAUUUUUACGAACCCAAAAUUUCUGUGGCGACGUUCUAGUCUUCCCCCUGACGAUGUAAAGAAAGUUUGUGACGGGGACAAACAAAUUGAUUUAGAAGAGUUAAUUUCAAUGCAUUCGAAAGAAAUACAUCCAGAAGAUGAUAUUGUAAACGAAUGGAAAGACUACGUAGAAGAUCGUAAAGAACUAAUCUACGAUACUGAAAUGAAAAUUUUAAUUAAUAGUUGUGCUUUGUUUGCGAUCAAGCAAUUUGUGUAUGACUAUUUUCACGAAGGUUUUCAGUAUACCAUUAUUAAAUCAGCCCUCAUAAACACGUUCUUUUCAAUAACGCAAAACGUCAAUCAGGAAUGGAGAAUACCAAAAAUCUUGAAAGAAGAGCUAAAAAAACCUAAAAUGAAAAAAGAGAAAAAGAUGAAGGAAAAGAAGAAAAAGCCACAAAAGGCGAAGCAGAAGAAAAAACCAAAGAAAAAGAAAAAGAAGGGUUCAAAAAAGGGCAAAAAACCGAAAAAAGCAAAACCUAAGAAACCGACCAAAGAAGAGAAAGCAGAACUUAAACGGCUUCAACUCGAGCAAGAAAGACUUGAAGAGGAAAGGAGACUAGCUGAAGAAAAUAGGCGCAUGUUAUUCCCACUGAAUGAUGCAGCUAACGAUGAAUUUUUCCAGUCGAUUUUUGAGAACUGGGUUAAACCGAAAGAAAAGAAACAAAAAGGAAAAGGCAAAAAGAAAGGGAAACAAAAGAAAUAGGGAGCGGUACGCGGGGCGACAUCUCUGAGCUGGAGCGUCAGUGAAGCAUAGGAAAUUACAAAAUCAAUACAGAACUCUAGUUCCAACAACAGGUGUGAUGUCAAUAAAUAGACUCGUACAGUAUCA